UUGUCAUUACAUAAUUUUAAGGAUAAAAGGUGAUGCUAUUUAUUAACAUCAUCUUUGUUGAUCCAGGUCUAAAAGGACAGUCAAACAGGAGACUUAUAUCUAUGGAUGAAGUAAGAAAACAUAAAUUAGAAGGCGAAAUGUGGACUGUAUUAAAAGGCCGUGUUUACAAUAUAUCACCAUAUAUGAAGUUUCACCCUGGAGCAUGCGCUUGGAUUUGCGGUGAGAAUGGCAAAAUCAUGGUGAGCCACCACGAUGUAGGCAGAAGCUACACUUCAACAAAAUCCAAACUCACUGCUCAUCCAAAUCCUUUCCCUUAAUUCCUUUGACAGAUAAAUACCAUGCUUGGGUUAACGCCGAAUUCUUACUGGAGAAAUGCCUUGUAGGUACUUUAGAUGAAAGCCAGUGAAGAAAGAACAGUUUUAUUAUAAUUAUGAAUAAUCACAUGAACCUACCCUCGGCUCAAGUAUGUUAUAAUAUAUCUCUUUUAGGCCCUCUUCUAUUUAUUGGGCAGUAGUCAUCAUUCAAUAAGGAACAAAUGAAUAAAUUCUAUACAUAUUUACAAUAAAUUUUGUUU